GAAAUUGUAGAACAUUGUCUAUGGAUUCUUCUGGAAUUGAGGAAGAGUAUGAUUUUUCGCAAUCGAAGUAACUCGAAGAGUUCAUGUGUAUCCCCAACAUUGACAAAGCUUGGGUUUUCAAGUCUGUUUCUGGUUCUCAGGCAAUGUUUGCUAUGAGUCAAGCAAAUCUUUUGGCUAACAAAAGGAGAAAGUUUUUGCUGUCAACUCAUAUCUCCAAGGAGAGUAGAGAGUCUGUGAAGUUCCAUUGGUCUCCGUUUCCAGUUGAGAUGAAUGGUGUGUCAGCUUUUGUUCCAUCUCCAUCAGGGCUGAAGCUUCUUGUAGUUCGGAAUUCUGAAAAUGUAGAAUCUCCUACUCACUUUGAGAUAUGGAGUUCGUGUCAGCUAGAGAAGGAGUUUCAUAUUACUCAGAAAGUUCAUGGUUCUAUAUACGUUGAUGGAUGGUUUGAAGGUAUUUCUUGGAACUCUGAUGAGACUCAUGUAGCUUAUGUUGCUGAGGAACCUUUACUGUCUAAGCCUACUUUUAACCAUCUGGGUUAUAAGAAAGGAGAUUCCUUUGGUGAUGAUUUUGGAAGCUGGAAAGGUCAAGUAGAUUGGGAAGAUGAGUGGGGAGAAGCAUAUGCCGGAAAAAGGCAGCCUGCGAUGUUUGUUAUCAAUCUUGACAGUGGGAAAGUCCAACCUAUCAAAGGAAUUCCAAGAUCUUUAAGUGUUGGACAGGUUAUUUGGAGUCCUAACAGUAAAGGUUCAGAUCAGUAUUUAGUUUUUGUAGGAUGGUCAGGAGGUAAAAGAAAACUUGGUAUUAAGUACUGCUCCAACCGACCUUGUGCGAUAUACACAACUAAGUUUACUGAUGCGUCAUCAUCAUGUUCAGAUGAAUCCAAAAAUAACGAAAAUGAAGCAUGUCCUCUAUAUAAUUGGACAAAGAGCAUAAGCAGUGGUUUCUCUCCUCGGUUCAGCAAAGAUGGGAAGUUGCUUAUGUUUUUAUCCUCAAAAGGUGCUGUUGACUCUGGGGCACAUCGGGCAACUGAAUCACUUCACAGGAUUAACUGGCCUAGUGAUGGGAAUUUUUCCGAAACCACAAAUAUUCUUAAUGUGAUACAGGUAGUGAAGUAUGCUGAGGAUGGUUGUUUCCCAGGGCUCUACAGUUCCAGGCUUCUAAGUGAUCCAUGGCUAUCAGAUGAACAAACUCUCGUAUUGAGUUCCUUUUGGCGCAGCUGUCAAGUAAUUCUUGCCGUGAAUUUGUUGAGUGGGGAAGUAUCGCGGGUCAGCCCUAGUGAUUCAAAUCAUUCAUGGAACAUCGUGGCAUUAGAUGGUGAUGAUAUUGUCGCUGUGUGUAGUAGUCUAGUGAAGGUUCCUGAAAUUAAGUAUGGGAAGAAAAUUCUCAGCACAUAUGGUAAACUUUCAUGGCAGUGGUUGAAUAUCUCAAGCCCAAUCUUCAAAUGCCCUGACAUGGUUAUGUUAGGGCUUUCAUCUCUUCAGUUCGAAAUUCUAGAAAUUCCAGUAAGUGGUGUUUCUGAAGAUCUUACCGAAGGGGCCAAGAAACCCAUUGAAGCCAUAUAUGUAUCAGCUUCAAAGAGCGACAAAUGUGAUCCUCUAGUUGUUGUUAUUCAUGGAGGCCCUCAUUCUCUCUCUCCAUCCAGCUUCUCCAACAGCCUGGCUUAUCUCUCCUCGAUUGGAAACAGUCUGCUGAUUGUAAAUUACAGGGGUUCGUUAGGAUUUGAUGAUGAUGCUUUGCAGUCUCUUCCUGGGAAAGUUGGUUCGCAAGACGUGCAAGAUGUGCUUACAGCUGUUGAUUACGCCAUUGACAUGGGAUUUGCAGAUGCAUCAAGAAUAACACUGUUAGGUGGUUCUCAUGGUGGAUUUCUGACCACUCACUUGAUUGGCCAAGCGCCAGAUAAAUUUGUAGCUGCAGUUGCAAGGAAUCAUGUUUGCAAUUUAGCAUCAAUGGUUGGCAUUUCAGAUAUACCUGAUUGGUGCUUCUUUGAAGCCUAUGGAGACACGAAUCACUUUACAGAAGCACCUUCACCUGAUGAUCUUUCUCGUUUUCAUCAGAUGUCUCCUAUAUCGCAUGUCUCCAAGGUGAAAACUCCCACCUUAUUUCUUUUGGGAACUAAGGAUCUUCGUGUUCCAGUAUCAAAUGGAUUGCAAUACGUGAGAGCACUGAAGGAGAAAGGAGUCCAGAUAAAAGUUUUAGUAUUCCCCAACGAUAAUCAUCCCCUUGAUAGACCACAGACCAAUUUUGAAAGCUUUCUGAACAUCGGUUGCUGGUUCAAGAAGUACUGUAAGCAGUGAAGAAGCGAGCUUCCUUGCUAUGUUCGCAUACGUCUACAUUGCUGGGAAAGUUAAAAAUAGAUACAGCUCAUACAACACGAUCCUCUCCAGAUAGGGAUCAUGGAAACUACACCUGAAGUGUUUCAAGUAUGAUUUUUUUUUCAUUAUGUGAACCCCCAUAGAAGUCUGUGGCUGAGAUUUGUGUUACGAAGUUUGGAGGUGAAAUGUUAACUUUUUCAUGGUUUUUUAUGUGUAUCUGAUAAAAGUUUAGGAAUAUUUGGAAACAAAAAUGUAUAAUGGAGUUGUUUUGUACAAAUAACAAUCUUCAGGAAAUUACUUCUUUUUAUUUC